GUAGGAUGACUGUAAAUGCUCAGAGAGGCAGUUUGGUCUAGAAUCUUAAUGCUGAUUAGUUGAAGGGCCCUGGCUGACAGAAGAAGGAGGGAGAUGGCUGAGGUGGCAGCGUUGGAGCUCAGGUCGGCUGACCUGCAGAGCUCCAGAAACAACCAGGAGCAUCAUACACAGGAGAUGGGCCUGCAGCGGCUCAUCGUGCGCCGCAGCCAGUCCUUCACAAUCCAGCUGCAUUUCAGCCGACCCUUCCAUUCUGGGACCGACCACAUCACCUUCAUCGCUGAGACAGGACCAGAGCCCACAGAGCUGCUGGGAACCCGAGCCACCUUCUUGCUCACCUCGGCCCGACAAGGAAAUGUCUGGAGUGCUUCUGACUUCACCAUCGAUGCCAACUCACUCUCUGUCUCCCUUUUCACACCGGCCAGUGCAGUCAUUGGUCCCUACACUUUGAAGAUCAAGAUCUCUCAGGGCCAGGGUCACAGCCUGACCCACCUGCUGGGGACUUUUAUCCUGCUUUUUAACCCUUGGAGUGCAGAGGAUGACGUCUACCUGCCAAGUGAAAUACUGCUGCAGGAGUAUAUCAUGAUGGACUAUGGCUUUGUUUACAAGGGUCAUGAAAGAUUCAUCACCCCCUGGCCCUGGAACUACGGGCAGUUUGAAGAGGGCAUCAUAGAUAUCUGCUUUGAGAUCCUGAACAAGAGCCUGUCCUUCUUAGAGAACCCGUCCAAAGCCUGCUCCCAGCGGAACGACGUGGUGUACGUCUGCAGGGUGGUGAGCGCCAUGAUCAACAGCAACGACGACAGCGGCGUGCUGCAGGGGAACUGGGGAGAGGACUACUCCAGGGGGCUGAGCCCGCUCGAGUGGAGCGGCAGCGUGGCCAUCCUGCGGCAGUGGUCGGCCGGCGGCGGGCAGCCCGUCAGGUACGGGCAGUGCUGGGUCUUCGCAGCUGUCAUGUGCACCGUAAUGAGAUGCUUAGGUGUUCCAACCCGUGUCGUUUCCAAUUUCCGUUCUGCACACAACGCAGAUGCGAACUUGACCAUUGAUACCUACUAUGACCAAAAUGCAGUGAUGCUGCCAACUCAGAAACGAGACAAAAUAUGGAAUUUUCAUGUCUGGAACGAGUGCUGGAUGAUCCGGAAAGAUCUCCCUCCAGGAUACAAUGGGUGGCAGGUUUUGGAUCCCACUCCCCAAGAAACCAGCAGUGGGCUGUUCCGCUGUGGCCCUGCCUCCGUGAAGGCCAUCAGGGAAGGGGAGGUCCACCUGCCCUACGACACCCCUUUUGUGUAUGCUGAGGUGAACGCCGAUGAAGUCAUUUGGCUGUUUGGGGGUGGCCAGGCCCUGGAAAUCCUGGCCCAUAACAUCAGUUCCAUCGGGAAGGAAAUCAGCACCAAGAUGGUCGGGUCAGACCAGCGCCAGAACAUCACCAGCUCCUACAAGUACCCAGAAGGAUCCCCGGAGGAGCGCUCUGUGUUUAUGAAGGCCUCCCGGAAGAUGCUGGGCUCAAGAAGGGCCUCGUCACCCUUCCUGGACCUGCUGCGGUCCAGCGGUUCUAAGGAUCAGCCGGUGCAGCUGCAGCUUCACCUGGCCCAGACGCCCGAGUGGGGCCAGGACCUGCUGCUAGAGCUGCAUGCCCGGAGGGUGGCAGACAGAGCCCACCCCCAGGGGCCCAUCAGACUGGUGGUGCGCUUCUGCGCACAGACCUUGCUGCACAGCGGCGGCACCCGGCGGCCCCUCUGGAGGCAAAAGGUGCACUUGACCCUGGACUUUGGGGAGGAGAUACAGCGAUCCCUCUCGCUGCCCUACAACAAUUAUAAAAACAAGCUAACGGAUGAAAAGCUGAUCCGUGUGUCUGGCAUCGCCAAGGUAGCAGAGACAGGGAGGUCCAUGCUGGUCCUAAAGGAUAUAUCUCUGGAGCCUCCCCACUUAGCGAUUGAGGUGUCUGAGAGGGCUGAGGUGGGCAAGGCACUGAGAGUCCACAUCUCGCUCACCAAUACCCUCUCGGUGGCCCUGAGUCACUGCACGAUGGUGCUGGAGGGCAGUGGUCUCAUCGAUGGGCAGAUAUCAAAUGAACGCCGCCAGUUGCAAGUCCUCAUCAGCAGCAAAGAGCUCAAGGAGAUCAAGGGCUACAAGGACAUCUUUGUUGUGGCAGCCGGGGCUUCUUGAGCCUCGCUCCCACCCCUUAGGCCGUCAAAUCGCCCAGCUCCUCCCCUGCCCCCUAUCCUGAUGCCCUUACAGACCCCUACCCCCACCCCACCGCCCCCGGGCCCACCUUGCUCCUUCUCCGUCCUCUUCCCAGCCUGCCUAGGGGUGAAUGAGACUCUGUUAGAACCACUGUUUGUCUUGGGAGAAGGCAAUAAACAUGCUUGAUCUAGCGCCAGUGUUCCAUCUUGUCUAACAAGCUACCUAUUGCUACUGGCUUGUCCUCUUGGCCUGGCUGCCACCUGUGUGGCUGGGCCCUCCUCGCCCUUCCUGUCUCCUCUCUCCUCCUAUAAGGCCCCAGCCACAAAGUAAGCACAGCACAGUCCUCUCCAGAUCAGCCUCUCUGGAAUUCCGGGUGCCAGGGCUCUCAAUUAAAUGGUCUUAGCUGGAUGUGCAGGGAGGGCAGUGACCGUGAUGCUACAGAGACCGGUCCAGAGGCUGCUGAGAGCCUCUAAGCCUGGGGGCAGCUGCGCAGGGCCCACUCAGUGUGCC